UUGUUUAUUUUUCCUUGUUUGGGAAGUGCGAAGGCAUCCAUUGCUACCUAUCCGCUCUUCGAAGAAAUCUCUCGCCUCUUCCCUUCUUCCAGGCCAAAGCUCUGCUAAUCCAAACCCUAGCCAUCAGAUCCGUUCCGAUUUGGUUUCUCUAGGGCUUUUUUUCCGUGUUCUCCGAUCUCCUAUGGGUGCCGACGGCGAUUCGAGCGGCGUUGAUGGCGGCUGCUCGGUUACCGUCCACAUCCGUUGUUCUAAUGGUUCCAAGUUCUCUCUCCAGACUCCCCUCGAUGUCACCAUCGGGGCUUUCAAGGUCGUCGUUGCUGGGAAUUGCGAUGUGCCGGCUGAGCAGCAGCGGCUGAUCUAUAAAGGUCGCGUCUUGAAGGACGAGCAAACCCUUCAAAGCUAUGGCGUGGAAUCUGAUCACACUAUUCAUUUGGUCCGUGGUGCUCCAGCAUCAUCUGCACCAUCAAAUACACCAGCUGCCAACCUUGGAGCUUCUAGAACUCCGAACGUUGGGGUUGGUUCCAACGAAGGUGUUGGAUAUGGGGGAGCUGGUUCUGGAGGUGCACAGUUCCCUGGUCUUGGUCUUAAUGGGCUGUUUGGGAGUGGUGGGGGAUCUAGUCCAUUUGGAACUGGAUUUCCAGACUUCAGUCAGGUUCAACAACAGCUGACUCAAAAUCCCAAUUUGAUGAGGGAAAUGAUGAACAUGCCAGCCAUUCAGAAUCUUAUGAAUAAUCCUGAUCUAAUGCGAAAUUUAAUCAUGAGUAAUCCUCAAAUGCGUGAUGUGAUAGACCGGAAUCCUGAACUUGGUCAUGUUCUUAAUGAUCCUAGCAUUCUUAGACAAACUCUUGAAGCAGCCAGGAAUCCUGAACUGAUGAGAGAGAUGAUGCGUAACACAGACAGGGCUAUGAGCAACAUUGAAGCUACUCCAGAAGGCUUUAAUAUGCUUCGCCGCAUGUAUGAAAAUGUUCAGGAACCUUUUCUGAAUGCGACAACAAUGGCUGGGGAAACAGGAAAUGAUGCGGGGUCAAACCCAUUUGCUGCUCUUUUGGGGAAUCAGGGUUCUGCUCAGUCUCGUGAUGGAUCCACAAAUCUUUCAAACACUAAUUUGGAACAAACUGGUGCAUCUCCUGCACCAAAUGCUAAUCCACUUCCUAAUCCUUGGAGCAAUGCCACUGGAGCAGCAUCGGCAGCGAAUACAAGGGCAACAUCUGGUGAUACAAGGUCACCUGGGAUUGCUGGGUUAGGUGGGUUCAAUAAUGUUCAAGACAUGGACAGAAUGCUUGGUGGUUUGCCAGAUCCAUCUUCCUUGAAUCAGAUUCUGCAGAAUCCGGCCAUGAUGCAGUGGAUGCAAAGCCUUAUGUCCAACCCACAAUUUAUGAACCAGAUGCUUGGACCUCAAAUGGGUGGUUUGUUGGAGGCUAACCCACAAUUGAGAGAGAUGUUGCAAAAUCCGGAAUUUCUUCGCCAGCUGUCUUCUCCUGAGACUAUGCAGCAACUUCUCUCCUUCCAGCGACUAUUUUCAUCACAGUUUGGCCGACAACAGCCAAAUCAGCAACAGAACCAGGGUGGGGAUGGCACUGGCGCUCCAAACAACAUGGGGCUUGAUUUGCUGGUGAACUUAUUUGGUGGACUUGGGGCCGGUGGCCUUGGCAUGCCAAACCCAUCUAAUGUGCCUCCCGAAGAGCUUUACGCAACGCAGCUGUCUCAGCUUCAAGAAAUGGGCUUCUUCGACACACAGGAGAACAUCCGAGCCCUGAGUGCUACCGCAGGCAAUGUCCAUGCUGCAGUUGAGCGCCUCCUUGGGAAUCCUGGUCAUUAGUUUUUCGACAAUGUGAUUUUCUUCAUUAUAUAUAGCCCAUUAUUAUGAGGGUGUGUAAAACCGAACAUUUCUUUGCGUUUGCGUUAAGCUUUUAAAAUGACAAGACCCAGAGAUUGAUCCUCUUAUUGAUAGCAUGGAAUAAGUAGAUAUUGGUCAAUAGCUGCCAACUUUUAAUACAUCUUUGCUCUCGUUUAUACUGAGUAUGAUUUGCCAGGAUUAUUCACCUUCUCCUUGUAAAUACCCUUUUUUUAAAGAGCUGUGUACUGUUUAUUGUGCAAA